AUGGCAUUUCUCCGGAAGAAACGCAUAAAGUUUUCGGUUGAGUUGGUGGUGGACAAACUCACAGAUGUGUCGCUGCUAAAUGCAAACUUAUUCGCGAAGGUAAGAACUGCUUUUAUUAUUUUUGUGGAUUCAGAUUUUAGGUACCCACAUGUAUAAUAUAAAAAAAUUUUUGUCUGGAAACGACCUAAGAUGAUUUUUUUAGGUACGGCUAUUAGAUUGUGGAUCAUUCGAGGCCUGUACAACGUCAAACGAGUUGCGGAAUCACAUCUGUCAUCUUUAUUCUCCACAUACGUCAACUGAAUCCGAUAGAUUCCUUUUCCCAGACCCGCCAUCUCCAGACUCGGAAGACACGGAAAAUCGCCCAACCGGGCAUUCCGAAGACCCUAAGGAACAACCCUUCCGAUUCCAAUGCCGAAUCCCGUAUAACGAUCAGACUGGAGAGCUGGAAGAAUGCCGAUGUAAAAUCUCGAUAAGGAAAACGGAAAGAGCUGGUCGACCCCCAACAAAACUCGGAUUUGUCAUUGUAAAUCUCUCGGAGUAUGCAGCCUCGGGCUCGACUCCAAUUCAACAGAGUUAUCUGUUGGAUGGAUACACCGGGAGACAACGGCAGGACAACACUCGAGUCCACUUGGCCAUCAGAAUGUUCCAUCAGAUGUCAGAUCCGCUGUUUAAAGUGUAAGUGGAGUUUUGGGAUGUCUUCUGCGGUUAAAGUAAAAAUAGUUGACAUUUUUUUAUAACAAUGAUGAUGAAUAAUAUAAUGUUGUUGAAUUUUAGCCCGAGCACCGCCAUCCAUAUGCAAGAAACCCCCUCGCAUUUGCUGAAUCCAGUCGAUAGAAAGGCCCCAUCGCAUAAUCAGCCCCCGUCGAUGACUAAUCGACCCAAUGACGAAGAAAUUCGCCGACGACUAGACCCUCGUUUAGAUACCCUUGAACUGGCCGAAGAAGAGGCUAGGCCUCAGAGCACGCAGCCCACUCCAGGUGUAGCUACUCCCAAUCUCCCCCACUCAUCGACUCUUGCAUCGUUGAAUUCGGACCAAGGGUGCGCUCCAAAUCCAUCUCCACCACCACCAACAGGGGGUGUAUCGAAUACCCCGGCCAACAGAUACAGCCAUCCGUUCUUAUUGGGCGAGAGAAGACCGUCAGCCCCUCAGAGUUCGGUUGAACGAACGAGUUGGCAUGCUGGAACGGAACAGAAAGCAUCCUCGACGGUUGGAAGUGGUAAGGAACAAUCUUUUUUUUUUAAAUUUGUGGGAAUUUAGGUAAACGUUGGGAAAUUUAGAGUAAACAGUACGGAAAGGGAUUAUUGAAAUCCCUUUUGACAGGUUUAUGGAGGGACUUUUGUUUUUUACGGCGUUAAUUUUUAUGGUUUAGGCUUCUCCAAUGAUCCACAAUAUCUGGAGAUGCGAAGAAACUGUCAAAUGCGCCGCCUUUCUGAAGACCGACUCCCCACUCAUCCUAAUGUCUCCAACCGCGUCCAACAAACUCGCCGUGACGCAGACUCGGUCAUUGAAGAAGUGUUGGCUGAGGCCGCGGCCCAAGACCCCGACGACUCGGAGGAUCGGUCGAUAAAUCUGGACCAUUCCGCCGAGGAAUCGGACCCCACCCCCGAACCCCUUGUAACCCCCAAAAAGACCAAACGAGGCCUGGCGCUGUUCGUGUCUCGUCGAAAUGGGGACGUCCUCCUCGCUUCUAACCAAUGCCCACCAUCCAGCUUCGAACGGGUACAACUGGAUUCAACUAUCAGUGGUUAA